AUGGGACGUAACUCCCUCGCUCCCGGGUUCCGAUUCCACCCGACCGAUGAAGAACUGGUCUGGUACUAUCUGAAGCGUAAGGUGUCUGGGAAAAACUUCCGAUUUGAUCCCAUCUCCGUCAUCGAUAUCUACAAGACAGAGCCCUGGGACCUACCUGGCAAGUCGAAGCUGAAGACGGGGGAUUUGGAGUGGUACUUCUUCAGUUUUUUGGAUAAGAAGUAUGGAAAUUCGUCGAGGACGAAUCGGGCAACUGAAAAAGGGUACUGGAAGACUACUGGUAAGGACCGCCCGGUUCUACACAAUUCCAGGAAUGUCGGGAUGAAGAAAACCCUUGUUUUCCAUAGCGGGAGGGCCCCGAAAGGUGCCAGAACUAAUUGGGUUAUGCAUGAGUAUCGCCUUUCAAAUGAGGAGCUGGAGAAAUCUGGAAUUCAACAGAAAGAUCCGUAUGUGCUUUGUAGGAUAUUCCAGAAGAGUGGAACGGGACCGAAGAAUGGGGAGCAGUAUGGUGCUCCUAUUGCUGAGGAGGAAUGGGACGAUGAUGAUGUGACUUGUGUACCUGGUGAACUGGCGGCUGAUAAUGUAGUGGUAGUCAGCGGAGGGCCAUAUGUUGAGACAAAUGAUGCCAGCAAUGGGGCAUAUGUUGAAGCGUUUGACAAUGAUCAGAAUUUUGACACAGGCAUUCCAUCUGAAUGUCCUCCAUUGAACUUUUAUUAUGGGGAGACGAGCAACUAUGUUGAGCAUUCUGGGGAGUUUGUUGAUGAUGGUACAACGGCUGUGAUGGGCACUGGGGAAACUUCGGAAUACCAUGAAGACCAGAAGUUCUUUGACUUACCAGUGGAUUAUGAGAUGGGUGGAAAGACAGUGAAAGAUGAAUAUUUAAUUUCAGAAAAUUAUGAUGACUUGAAAUUCUUUGACGUACCAGAGCACUCUGAGGCAGAUGCAAAACUAGUCAAAGUUGAAUGUUUCAUUGAACCAAGCAAUGAUACGAAUCCUGCUGAUGUCAAUUACCCACUUAAUGAACCUUAUUUUAACACUGCUGAAAAUCCACCAGUUGGUGAUGGGCUAUUCCUUGAAACUAAUGAUCUUUCAAAUCCAGUUGAGUCAACUGCAGGCUUUGACAUGCUUGAUGAGUACCUUACAUACUUUGAUGCUGAUGAUGACAUUUCUCAGUAUAUUGAUUUUGAUUCCUGUGGAAUGAUGGGGGUUGAAAAUUCUGUUCCUGACCAAUCUCCAGUUGACCAGAAGCAGCUUGUGAAUGGCGAAACUGAACAACUACCAAUGGGAGUUGAACAUCUUGCACAAGCAGAGGAUACCAAUGAUGCAUCUUCAUCGGAGCAAAAGCCAGAGUUCAAGCUUGAAUCAGACGUUAACUAUCCCUUCAUCAAAAAGGCCAGUCACAUGAUGUUGGGCAACAUACCUGCUCCACCUGCAUUUGCUUCAGAGUUCCCUGCUAAAGAUGCAAUUCUUCGGCUAAAUUCUGGUUCAGCAUCUUCCAGUUCAGUUAAUGUUACUGCUGGCAUGAUCAGAAUUAGAGACAUAACUUCAAGUGACAACAGGAUGGACUGGUCUUUUGGCAAGGACGGGGUUGUCAACCUUGUCUUUUCUGUUCAGCUGUCGCAGAAUGACGGCAAUUCUGGCAAUCUGGUGCCAAUGGAUGGCUCACUCUCUGGAAAGACAGGAUGUGUUGUGAUGCGGGGCUGGUUUUUGUUUAUGUUCUUCUGGGUCCUAUUUCUCUCAAUGAGUUUCAAAAUUGGUAGCUAUGUCUAUACCAGAGAAGGGAGCAAAUGCGUUACUCAUUACCACGUCAAUGGUUCUCUACAUCAUUGCAAGAUGCCAUACUCUGCAGGAGCUCAAAUGCUUAGGAAAGUUAAAAUUUGUCAUGCUUUCGACAUGCCGGAUCCCGUAGCAUCGGAACAUGUACAAGCACCACCGUCAAUGGUUUUCAGAAAAACGUUUGUGAGCGUUUGUUGA